CCUCGGGAGGGAAGCUCCUCGGACGCUGGGCCUGUGCGCGCGCCCAGCACACAUGUGUGGCUCCUUGAUUGGCCACAUGGCGUCUGCUGUUGGUGACGUGGCUGUCUGAGAGGCGCGGGCAGGGGUAGCGCCAGCUGAGAGAGAGACGAUGACAAACAUAGGGGCGCAGCUUUUCGGGAACGCGAUGGAGUUGGUGGGGGAGUUGCAACAUGGAGAUAUUAUUUUCUACACGAAAGACGACGUCUCGUAUGCUGACGAUGGUGGGCACGAUGACGAAGACGUGGUCGGCUACUACAGGGUGUGCGGACUUGGAAGUAGAUAGUGAGAUGGGUCGUGAUGGGGAUCCGUGGGACAGGGAUGAACAUGAGGGGGGAGCUGGAGGAUGGUGCGAGAACCUAAUGGCGCUCUCUUUUCAGGUCGGCGCCGAGAGUGCCGACGUCGACGGUGUCACUCAUCUGCAGCAGGGUGAUGGAAACCAGGCGGAUGAGUGGGAGGUGGAGCAGUGGUUCAUGGUAGAGGCGGUGGUUGUGGUGGAGGAGAGGCAGGGAAUGGGCGAGAUUGGCAUGAAGGGUGGGAAGGUUGACAACAACAACAACAACAACAACAACAACAACAACAACAACAACAACAACAACAACAACAACAACAACGGCGAGCAGCGAAUGGGCGAAAUUGGCGAGACGGGCGUGGAGGACGAUGACAACAACAACAACAACGGUGUCACUCAUCUGCAGCAGGGUGAUGGAGACCAGGCGGAUGAGUGGGAGGUGGAGCAGGAGUUCAUGACAGAGGUGGUGGUUGUGGUGGAGGAGAUGCAGGGAAUGGGCGAGAUCGGCAAAAAGGGUGGGAAGGUGGACAACAACAACAACAAUAACAAUUUCAACAACAAUGGCGAGCAGCAAAUGGGCAAAAUGGGCGGGACGGGCGUGAAGGAUGGUGACAACAACAACAACAACAACACUAAUAACAACAACGACGGUGAGCAGGGAUUGGGUGAAAUGGGCGACGAGGGCGUGAAGGAUGACAACAAUAUCAACAACGACGGCGAUAACAACAACAACGACAACGACCACAACAACAACAACAACAACAACAACAACAACAAUCACGACAACGCCGACAACAACAACCAUGGGAGCAGCAGGGCAGAGAGGGGUUGUUGUGCAUCCAAGCUCCUUAUCACCAUCAUGGGGAAGAUGUCGCCAUCAGCGCAGUGGGGGGGGAUUAGUAGCUCGUCGGGGUUGGCGAAGUGGGGUUUGUGGUUGAAGGUACGACUUACCAGUCCUCCCCACCCCUGUCCGGUGAUUUCUCAUGCUGAUUCGUGUCUCCUUUCCUGGCAUUGGGUAGGGAUAGGAUAGAUGAUCUCCCUGCAUUGAUUAGGGUUGAUCGCCUCUUAUCUCUCAAACCCUCAGUGAGUAUAGGUGCGAUAUGACAUCUUUUCACAUCAUUGUAUACGGGAUAUAUGCUCCACGGGUUCAAUUUCUGGCUUGAUUGAUAGAAUUGGGCUUGAUGCCUCGUUUACUAUGGUGCUAUGCUAGGGGAUAGGGUUUUCCCUUCAGGGGACAUGUAUAAAUCAAUGAAUGAAUACAGACAUA